AUGACAGAACACACCACAGUCGCCAUCAUCGGUGGCGGCGUCGCCGGCCUCACGCUGGCCAACGCCCUCGAGCAAGCCGGCAUCGCAUACAUCCUCUGGGAAGGCCACGACCAGAUCGCCCCGCCGGCGGGCGCCAGUCUGGGGCUGAUGCCCAACGGCCUACGGAUUCUCGAUCAGUUGGGGGUCGUCGACGAGGUUGAGAAGCAGAUAUAUACUGAACGGAAAGUUACUGAUGAGUGGUACAGACUCGGCUACGGCGGCUUCUUCCUCGAAAGGCAGUGUUUCCUCGAAAUUUUGUACCAGAACAUCAAGGACAAGACGCGGAUCCACACGAAGAAAAAGGUCGUUCGCGUGCAGAGUCUUGACGCCAAAGCCAUCGUCACGGCCGCUGAUGGCAGCCAGAUCAGCUGCGAUGUCGUUGCCGGGGCGGAUGGCGUAAAGAGUGCUGUUCGUGCUGAGAUGGAGGCCAUGAGCCUGGCAUCGGGGGGAGGAGGGGUUAGUAGGGAUUCAAAUUUCCUCUCGACGAAAUACGCCUGUGUCUACGGCAUCUCCUCGCCCCUGCCUGCUAUCAAACCCGGCAAGGCCUUCACCAUCUACCGGAAAGACGUCUCGCUGCUCAUCGUCACCGGAAUUGGAGGCGUCAUCUACUGGUUCGUCUUCCAGGAUUUGAAGGCGUCGAUCCCGUUUGGUCAGACGCCACGUUACACGCAGGCCGAUGUGGAGGCGCUGUGCGGCAUUGUUGCAGAUACUAUCGUCACAGAUGGCGUCAGGUUUGCCGACAUUUUCAAGAAUAGGACGACAGCCGUGAUGACGGCGCUGCAGGAGGGUGUUGUCGAUACGUGGUUUGCGGGGAGGUUGGUGUUGCUGGGGGAUUCGGGGCAUAAAAUGGUCCCCCACGCCGCCAUGGGCGCCAACCUCGCCAUGGAAUCCGCCGCCUGUCUUGUGAACCGCCUGCUGGAACUACGCGAGCGGCAUCCCUCCUUGCAGCAGCAGCAUAUCCCCCUAGACACCCUCCAGUCCUCUCUGCGGGAAUACUCGCGCAAUCGCACCGCCAGAGCAGCCGACGUCGUCCGCCUCGCCAACUCCGCCUGCUGCGCACAGCUGAAAGCCGGGCCGGCGGAGGAGGCAUACAUAUGCAACAUCCUGCCGACACUAACAAACGAGGCGUGGCUGGCGAGAGCGCUGGGGUCGUUGUGCAAGGCGGAGAAGCUUGAGAACUGGCACCGGCAGAGUGAUCGCGUGGCGUUUUAUACGAGGCAGGCGGAGAGGAUUCGCCAGAGGAUGGAGAUGGAGCGGCUGGAGAGGGAGAAGGAAAACGGACUGGGACAGUGA